AUGGCCACCAUUCGAUCUUGCAUCUCUGGGAGCGACUGCAACCAAGAAUACGGCAGACAUACCACCAAGGCCACGUUCACCAAUCAAAAGGUCAGGUCGGCUGUCGAUACGUGGACGAACAACUGCACAGAAUCACCCGCACCAUCCCCUUCCCAUGUUGAUGAUGAGAUCUUAACGUUCGCUAUCCAUACAAACCUAGAUCAGGAGGAGCGGCCCUACUUCAACGCCCUAUUGUCCGGUACUCGGGAACUACAGUCUGCUUUUAGGGCACCGACACCGUUGCGGAAGCCUCGGACGGACUUCAUUAUGAUGACUGGGCUUCAGCUACAGCGACUAUAUCGCUUGUCUCAGACACCGCGAGAUGCUGAGACUGCCGUAUAUCGCGUCAAGCACCCAUUGUACCACGACAUCCUAACAACGAUGAUGGACAUCAGACCACAAGAGUGGGAGUUCCUUAUUUCAGGCUGGUGUGAUGGUUUCCUGUGUCCUGGGGCUGAUAGGGACGAUGCGAUGACGAUUACCGCCGACAAUCCAUUGUCUCGAGGCAGUUUGCCUGGCCAUGGGUUCUUUCCUCCACCGCCAUCUAGGGAACCGAUGGAUCCGGGCAUGCCACGAGCUCCCGGCUUUGGUGCUUCUCGCUCUAGCAAGCCGUAUUCUCAAAUCAACUCCUGUGGCGCGACACCCGCUUCCUUUAUUUCGCUGUAUUCUUCAUCGUCAACAUCUCCGGGUCACAACCAGCCACCGGUGUCUCAUGAUGAAGAGAUUGAGAUGGUCGCUCUGGCGGGAAUAGAGCAAGGGAUAUACCAGGGCAUGGAGGCGCUCGAAGAUGCGUUCGAGAAACUACACGAACGUGCCGAGAUGGUGCGGCAUGCCCUUCGGCAGCGUAACAAGGGUCUAUUGAUGAGCAAGCAGCGUCGCCGUCUUGGGAAAAUCGAUAUGCUGCCUCAACUAUCUGACACCUCGGCAGGUAAUGAAAGGCCAUCUUGGGCUACUGGAGACGACUACAAAGUCAUGAGCGAAAGCGACUGGGAUGAGGAUGAUUUCGACAUAGCGCCGGAGGAUUCGGCAAGCAACAUUCCGAGCUCGAAGUAUCGACGUCCGAAACGACAAAACCAGAAGAACAUACCAGCAACCAUCAAAGAGGACGAUAAUGAGAACUGA